UUGGAUCAUGAAUCACAUAAGAAAAAUCAUGGGAUAUAAGUUUGGACAUAUAUAUUUGAUUUUUGCUUAUAUCUAAAACUAGGUCAAUCUAAAAAAAAUAUUCUUUGUAAAAUCUAAACAAUAAAAUUUAUGUUUGUUUAAAAUAAUAUUGAAUAAAUAUGGUUGUGAAUGAUCCAUGUGGUAUAGUUUGCAUUAUAGUGACUUAUUUAGCUAUCUUUUAUGCUGAUUAUGUGGUAACGCGUUGGAUAGUUUUACAAUCUAUGCCAAACAGUUUAUGGGGACCAAUACAUGUAGUAGGAUUUAAUACUGUGAUAUUUCUCCUUGGUAUGGCACACUGGAAAGCAGUUCUUUUAGAUCCUGGAACAGUCCCGCUAACUCAAAAUCGAGUUGAUUUUUCUGACAUGCAAUCUGGUGCUCACAACAAAUCAUCUGAUGAUUGGACAGUUUGUAUGAGGUGUGAAACUUAUAGGCCACCAAGAGCACAUCAUUGUAGAAUAUGUAAAAGAUGCAUAAGGCGUAUGGAUCAUCAUUGCCCUUGGAUCAAUAAUUGUGUUGGUGAACGAAAUCAAAAAUAUUUUAUGCAGUUUUUAGUUUACGUAGGAUUAUUAUCUGUAUAUUCAAUAAUUCUAAUAAUAGGAUCUUGGUUAAAUGAGUGUACCGAAUGUUCUUCUGAAAUAACAUUUAAGCAGGCUAGAAUGAUGCACAGCAUACUUCUCUUGUUGGAAUCUGUUUUAUUUGGACUCUUUGUUUGUGCAAUUCUUGUGGAUCAACUGCAAGCUAUAUUCACUGAUGAAACUGCUAUUGAUGCUAAACAGCAAACAGGUGUUUGGAGAUCUCAUAAGCCGAAAUUAACUUUAUUAAGAGAUGUUUGUGGUCGUGGACAUCCAAUACUGUGGCUUCUUCCAUGCCAAAGUAUUCAUCGGAAGCAAGGGGAACCUCUAUUAACCCAUGAUGUUUGAAUUUUUUUUUUUUUUUUUUUUGAUUUGGUUUAUAUAUUACUUUUUGAGGUUAAUUCUUACAUCAAUCACAGUAAAAUAUUAAGUAUCAGUACUUUUUUAUUCUAAGGACUAUAUAAUUCUAUUCAUUAUAACUUGGUACAUUUUAAUUCAUAUACCCAAAUUUCGAAAGAUUACA